AUGUUCAACAAAUCUAAAAUUAUUUCUUUAUCAAUUUCAUUAUUAUUAAUAUUAUUACCUUGUUGUAUAAACGGUGCUGAAAUUAUAAAUGUUGUACAAAAUGGAGCCAACCUAACGAUUACCUAUAAUCCAAUGACAGUUAUAUUUUUCUCAAAUGAAUUAACAUACUAUGGUCUUCGUACAGAUAUCAAGAACCAUUGCAAGGCCUUGUAUGGAUGGUCACCUCUUAUUUGUAAUCUACCAGUUGUCCCAUCGUGUGAUGGAGUACGUCUAUAUGGAUCUUCAGGUAUUGGUGGUAUUAAUUUUGAAAUGACCUAUAAUUUCAAUUGUACCGUUGUUGUUAGUAAUACUAAAUCAUCGAUAGUUAGUAGUAGUAGUAGUAGUACUAGUAGAUAUUAUACUUCAACAACAAGUUCAUAUGGUACAUCAUCAUUGAAUAAUGAGGAUGCUAUCUCUCAAAGAGAACACCCAAUAUCAAUUUAUAUACAUUGGCCAUACUGUAGCAAGAUAUGUGGUUAUUGUUCAUUCAACAAGUAUUUAGAUGGUCCACAUGUAGAUCACUCUAGAAUGAAACAAUCAAUGGUCACUGAAUUGUCUAAUUUAAUUAAAUUGUAUUAUCCUUCUUCCCCAUCAUCCUCCUCCUCAUCUAUUCAAUAUAAAUUAAAAUCAAUUUAUUUUGGUGGAGGUACACCAUCUUUGGCAACUAUUGAUACAUUAUCAUCGAUUGUUGAAACGGUCUAUCAAUACUUUCCAACAACAACAACCAACCGAAAGGAUUUGGAAAUCAAUUUGGAAUUAUCACUUGGUGUUCAAGCAUUAAAUGAUGAAGAUUUAAAGUUUUUAGGAAGAACGCAUAAUACAAAACAAGCGAUUGAAUCAAUUGAAACUUGCAAUUCGAUAUUUGAUCAUGUAUCAUUUGAUAUGAUUUAUGCAAGACGUGGACAACACUCGGUUGAACAAUGGAGACAAGAAUUAAAACAAGCUGUUCAACUUUCAAAAGGUCAUUUAUCACUCUACAAUCUAACUUUUGAAGAUGGCACUGCCUUUUUUAAAAGAUUAAGAAAACAUAGAAGUAAUCAUAUUAUAAAACCAACAAAUGAUCAAUGUUCGUUGCAUUAUAUGGCAGCAAUAGAGGAAACUGAAAAGGUUGGAAUGAAUCAAUACGAGAUUAGUAACUUUUCGAUCCCUGGUCAUCAUUCACAACACAAUUUAAAUUAUUGGAGAGGUGGAGAUUAUAUUGGUAUUGGUCCAGGUGCAUGUUCAAGAGUUAGUAUUUUCAACAAUCAACAAGACAAACCUGAAAAGGUAGCACUUAAAACGAUUAUUCAUCCAAAAACAUGGAUGGAUAGAGUAGAUGCAAAUGGACAUGGUUUGUUUGAAGACGAGACAACUACCCUAGAGUUUAAAGAUCGUAUCAAUGAAUUGUUGUUGAUGGGAUUGAGAACGAAAGAAGGUGUAUCAAGAUCGACAUUUAGAUAUUUAUCACAUGGUCUCGAUAUUGAACAAGUGUUGGAUCCAAUAGUACUAUCACGUUUACAAUCAAUUGGUAUGAUUGUUUUAGAUGAAAAUGGAUUACGUGUUACUACCAAUGAAGCAUUUAUGAUCCUUGAUACAUUAUUACUUGAUAUUUGUCUCUAA